AUGUUGUGCUGGUCUAUAUUAUAUGUCAUGUUUUUGAUUGGUAUUGUUAAUUUAUGUGAGGGUUCGGGAAAAGUUCGUUUGGCCGAUGUCACAACGCUAACAUUAUAUCGAGAUAAGUAUACGACAGGAAGAAGGUCCUCUCCAAUCCCCCAAAUUCAAUGUGUCGGAGGAUCGGCGAAGGGAAAGUUUGAGCCCAGAGUUGUGCAGUGCUACAAUAGGGGUUAUGAUGGUAUCGAUGUUCAGUGGGAGUGUAAAGCCGAAAUGGGUGAUCAGUAUGAGUUUGGCGAAAUUCGCAUAUCUUGUGAAGGGUAUGAUUACGCAGAUGAUCCGUAUAUUUUGCGAGGUUCUUGUGGUUUGAAAUACAGUUUGGAAUAUAGUCAUGAAAGAGGAAACAAUUAUGGUAAAAACAACGUACCAAAUGCGCCACCUUAUGAAAAGGAUCAUGAAUUUGGUUCCUUAACGCUUCCGUCAGUAGCUAUUUUGCUUUUAUUCCUUUUCGUAGUCUACUAUAGUUGUCUGCAACCUGUUACUGAUGAUGACACAACACGUCGUAGUGUGAAGACAGUUUCUUUCGAGGUAGGAGACCAUAUGAACAAGAUGGUUUCCGGAGUUCUUCACAUAGUAGAUAUAGAAGUGAUUCGCCAGGACCUUCAACAAGUCGAACAACAUCAGGUUUUGGUAGUACGGAAAGAAGAUAGUGCUGCGCACACUUUGUGUAUUAUGUAUCCUUCAAUUGCCUUCUAG